CAGAACAAUAAUUAGAUAUCGAAUGUUGAUCAUAGCAAAUCCGUUGUUGGACCAAAAUCAAAAAAAAAAUAAAAAAAAAAGAUAUAAAUCAAGUAAAUAACGUAAAGCUAUGGUUAUAAAAUAUUCAUUUGAAUCAUAGAAUGUCAUUCGAUUCGUUUUUUGUUUAUCCUUCGUAUACAUGAUUAUGUAGACGAAUUUCUAUGUGGAGGCGUUGUUCAUAUCCAUUCUCGAUAUUCUAGGAUAUUUUCAAAGUAUGAUCAAGAAUAGAUGAAAGAAAAAGAAAGAAGAAAAAAAAAUGAACCAGAAAAAAAUAAAAAGAUAGUGGACGAUGACGGUUUUGUUGAUGUAUACAAAAAAAAAAAAUAGUACAACAUAGUGAAUCAACAUAAACAACUUGUCAACAUCUUGUUUUUUUUUUUUGGUAAAUGCAAAAGAAAAGUCAAUAUAAAAAGUCUACUAUAACAGUAAAUUCGGGCCAGUUAUGUUUUAAUGUUUUUGAGUAUCAUGAACAUAGAAUGAUUGUCAUUACAAAUCAUCAUCAUCAUCAUCAUCAGCGUUAUUAUUGUUAAUCACUGAUUGAACAUCCAACAUUCUUAAUGUGUAAUACACACCACAAUAAUCAUACAAACAUUUGACAUUAAAAUGGACCAUUCAACAAGUCAAAAAAUUUCUCUCAACUUAAUGGCAACAACAACGAAUACAAUCAGAUCGAAAAUGUUGUUAAUCAAUUAUUUUUGUUUGAUAUUUUUAUUGCUUUCAAAUAUAAAUCCAACAAUAACAACCAUGUCUACCAUUGGUAAAAUACCAGUUGUUAAAACACCAUUAAAAUGUUUGGUAAUGAAAAAUAUGGUCACAAAUCGUUUAGGUCGUUCUUUGAUUGAAAAUCGUCACCGUAUGUCAAAAAAUAAUGCUGAAACUGGUAAAAUGGCAAAUUAUAUACUACUUCAUUACAAUUGUCAAUUAAUUAAUGAUCGAAUUCGCUUCAGAAAACGUGGCUGAUUUCCAAAAUUUUUUAUGAUCAUCAUCAUCAUUCUUCAUCAUGCAGUCUUCAUCGAUCUCAACAUCAUCAUAUUGAUUCAAAAAAAAACCUAUCCAUCACAUAUAUAGACAUUUCAUUUCAUUUUCUUUUCUC